GGGGGUGAUUGGCUUUGGGGUGCUGGGCAUGGGAUGCCAUAAUGUAAUGAUAAGGCAGGAUGGGCAAUUUAUGAGUUUUCAUCGAGCAAUCGCUUCCGAGUGUCGUGAGCGGCGACGCCGCAUGGGAGGAUGGGUGCGUCGGACGGGUGAUGCUGAGUGGUGCCAAGACGAUAGCUUUUUGCCGGUUUGGGCAUAGUGUUUCAAGCCUGCAUGCGCGUCUCACUCGGGGUCGGCCGCCGCCUCGCGCGUGCAAGCAGCAACGACCUACGCAAUUUUUUUUCCCUCUCCUUUCGGCCUUUUGUUCCGUCUGCUGCUAUCUGUCUUUCUUCUUUUCUGCCCCUCGGUUCCCUCUCACGCACAUAGUCAUUGCUACAUAAUAUCAUCGUAUUGCUUUUUUUUUUUUUUUUUAACGC